GUAAAUUUGCACGAUAAUCACCAAUAGAGAACGCAAAAUAUUUACAAGAAAAACAUCAGAUAGCGAUUACUACGCAGAAGUUUAAACUUUAAACAAAAUAUAGGAAGUAUUUUUUCUGUUCAGACAUGGCUGUCCCAAGAAAAAAAAUGCAAAAACAUUUUUCAACAUCAUCAUCUACUGGGUCUGAUGAAAACCGUAGAGUUUACUGUCAGUCUUGUGACCGUGAUGGUCCUCGACUCCCUGCCCAAGGCUACUGUGUUGACUGCAAGGAGAACUUGUGUGCGACUUGCUCUACACAUCACAAGAGGCAUACCCUUUCAAGGCAUCAUAAUCUUCUAGAUGAGAAGAGUGCGUCAGAAACACUUUCUUCAGCCUCACUUCAUCCACGACAGCCUGACAAACUUAAAACACGUUGCCCUAAACACAUGAAAGAAAUGAUAAAGUUCUACUGCCAGAACCACUUAGCACUACUCUGCAGCGUUUGCGUAACCCUUGAACACACAGGUACAUCUUGCAAAGUCAACUACAUCCCUGAUAUUUCUGGCCAGAUCUUAUAUAAUAAAGAACAUCAAGAUAUCUUGAAAGCUAUGGAUACCAUUACUGAGCAAUGUCACAAGAAAUCAACAGAUGUGAAGAAAAUUACUGCAAAGUCCAACAAUUCUUUGACAGAUGUAUCGGCUGAUAUAAAAAAGUUUCGGAAAGAGAUAAACCAAAGACUAGAUGAACUAGAAAAACAAGCAAACGAUGCAGCUAAGACCAUUAAACAAGAAAAUGACAAAACCCUGAAGAUAGUAGAAACAACUUGCAAUGAUGUAACCAAAUCUCUGAAGGCAUCAUCUGACAAAAUUAAACAUCUCAUCACAACCAAACAAGCAGACCAAUUUUUCAUUGAGCUGAAAUUAGCUGAACAAAUGAUCCAAGAUCAUGAGAAACGUGUCCACAAGUCAGCAGCAUAUGGUGUCAAGGUGUACAAAUUUAAACCAAAUAAAGCUAUAGCAACCGUACUUGACAAGGAGAAGUCACUGGGAACAUUCACAGAGAAAUCAUUAAAACAAUCAAGUCCUCUUCCAGCUGUUGAUAUCAAGCACAGACAAACUUCACAUCAGGGUAAAAUCUGUGUAAAGACAUACAACAGUAGAUACACAUGGUCAUGCUGGAUAACAGGAAUGACUCUCCUUACUCCUGAUUUACUUAUCAUCACUGACAGGAAUAACUAUACUGUAAAAAUGGUGGAUACCCGCAGUCAAUCUGUUACUCAUCAAUUGCAACUAGAUAUUUGGCCAUGGGAUAUCACUUCAGUUUCAAAUACCGAACUUGCUGUGUUACAUCCUGACGAUCAAAUUAUUCAGUUUAUAUCAGUCUCCUCAAACAAACUCAAGAAGAAGAAAAUGCUGGGGAUAAGUGGACAAUGUUUUGGUAUUAGUUGCUGCCAGGGGAAACUUGUUGUGUCAUCCAUUGAUCCUGUUAAACUCCAAAUUCUUGAUACCAAUGGCACUACACUGAAAACAGUCAAGGGAGAAAAUCUUUUCAGCCGGCCAUUAUAUGUUACCACUAACACAAAUUAUAUCUAUGUAUCUGACUGUGACAUGAGAACAAUAACAAGGUUAAACUGGCAGGGUAAGGUGACUGGUAGUUAUGAUGGUUUAGAUUACCCUUGUGGUAUAACACUGUCAGAUGAUGGUGCUGUUUUUGCCUGUGAUUAUGGCAGAAAUGUUAUAGAAAAGAUAGCAGGUGACUGUUCUACAGGAAAAGUUGUGUUGAAGGACCUCAAACAUCCCUAUGCUGUCUGUUGGUGUGCUGAAACAAGUAAAUUAUACAUCGGCUGUAAAACUGAUCAAGCCAAACAGGACAACUUUCUUCAGGUCUUCAAGCUGUCAUAACUAGAACAAAACUCAUCAACAGUUUAACAACUGUAUACUGUGAAAUAUCAGUUAUAAUCAUGGGAGAGGGGUCUAAUUUCCAGUGAUUUUGUGACUGUCAAUCAAUGACAUACUAAGAAUAUUCCUACAGAGUCUAUCUUUAAAUGGACAUACCUCCAAAUAAACAUCAGAUUCUUUAAAUAGAGAAUAUAAGUUUACUGUCUUAUAAAUUUAAAUUUAUUAAGUGAGUCGGGGAAAAUAUAAAAGUCGAGGCUCUGCCGAGACUUUUAUUUUUUCGUAGACGAACUUAAUAAAUUUAAAUCUAUAAGACAGUAACCUAAUGUUCUAUUUACCCUACCUUCUGAUCUAAAAUCAUUCUUUAAUUAAAUUCAAAAUUUACAACCAACUUGAUCUGAGUCUUCCUUGCAUAGAAAUCUAAAAAUUAAAAACGCCAAACCAUUACACAAACAGGUGUUUCAAACAAAAAAUAUUAUUAAACAAGAGCAGAAAAACAACGGCUAACCUCGUUUUGCUUUGUGCCUGACCUCUCUCUUCUGCUGUACAUUAAUGAAUAAUUUUAAUUUGCCGCCAAGUGAAAUUUUGUCCGAAGUUUAGUUGCAUGCCGGAUUACCCACCCUCACCAAGCAAACGAUAGACGUGGCUUAUACACACGCAAUAACUCCGCUUGACAAAUAGGCAACCCGUUCUCCUCGAAGAUUUUAUUCAAUAACACUCCAUUCCAGGUGCAAUAUAUUCCCAUAUUAAAGUGCAUAGAACUAAAAACCUGAACAAACGCUAACAUGAGUCACUUUCCGUUUCUCCAAGCGUUUCCGUUAUGAUUUUUUUGUAGUAAUUGCAAAUACGGUAUGCAUAACUAUACAAUUGUACCAUGGUCUCUCGUACCUACUAAAAGCGCGUUUAUAAAAAUCAUUGCAUAAUUAUUUCUUCUUUUUUUUUGCUGUUAUUCUCAAAAACAAGAUGGCGUCAUUUUAAGAAAAAAUCCAAAAAGUUGUCUGCCAAGGUCACUGACAUGAUAAAGCAAAAUUUAUCUGACCCCUUGAUUUUGCCUUUUAUAUUUUUUAUUUAUUUAUUUUUUUUUUUUUUUUUGCAUGAAGGUAGGAUAAAAAUAUACAGCAGUUGGCAUUAAUUAUCUAAAUUGACAAACUAGGACUGUUUGAAUAUAUUCUAAUGUGUACAAACCGUUCAAAGUACAGCGAAAUUCCACCUGUUUUAUAGAAGGCGUGACAUAACACUUUUGAGAACUUUUUUAAUAUUUUUCUUUCCUCCAAGAGUGUUAAUGUAGAUGAUUAGGCAUGUGACCAUAGGACACUUGUUCCCUCCUUUCCUGGCAUAUAUUGAUACUGUAAAAUAAUUCAUAAUCAUACUGGACUAAAACUUUGUUAAUUAUGUUACUGUGUUAAUCCUUGAAAUUCAGUUAUAGCAAAAAAAGUUCCUCAAGAUAAAUAUCGCAUUUCUUAAAACAGAUUGAAACUUGUAUUAAAUAACGAAAAUGACAAACUUGUACUGUUUAAGGUUGUGAACCCAUAACAUAAUAUUAAUACUGGUAAUAAUGAAUAAGAUAACUUAAGGAGAUUUUUUAUUCGUUAAAGGUGUUUCUCUAAAAUGAAACGGUAUUCAUUUCAUAAAGCAGAUGGACUAAGUGAAACAUUUUCGCUGAAAGGCGACAGAUUGAUUCAACUGCAACUUAAGGUAAACUUUGUACAGUGUGUAAAUACUUACUAUAAUUAUAAAUGUUACUGGAUCUUUUUCUUAAAUUUACCAUAUUUCACAUUAUUAUGAUAAUUAUGUUAAACUAAUACUACUCAAAAUAAAGAAAUUGCCAACAGUUGGAAUAUCUGGAAGUGAUCAUAUUUUGUGACUAUGCUAUAUAAUCUUGGUCUCUGCUACAGGAUUUAAGAGCACCUUUAACAGUUACAGAGUUCCUUAGCUAUUGUGCACCUAAGCUAUAGAGCAUCUUAGCUAGAGAGUAUCUUUAUUAUAGAACAUCUUAGCUAGAGAGCAUCUUAGCUAUAGAUCACCAUAGCUAGAGAGCUCUUUAGCAAGAAAGCACCUUAGCUACAGUGAACCUUAGCUACAGAGCCCAUUAGUAUUAGGACCUAGCUAGCUAGCUAGGAGAUCGUUGGUGUUCUCUUUUGGCAUUUCUUGGUCUAAAUUAUGUUAAUUCUAAGACUAUUUUAGCUACGGAAC